AUGGAUUAGAAUAAUAGUUUAUAACCUGGCUUGAUAUUGGAUCAAAGGUUCAAAUUGUUGAGGAAAAUCGGGAGUGGAAGCUUCGGAAUAGUGUAUUUGACUUUCGAUUUGGACGAGAAGGAAUAUUGUGCGACUAAAUUCGAGAAUCGCAAUCUGCAAAUGAGAAUGAUGAAUAGAGAAAUAUUAAUAUUGAAGCAGAUGAAAGGAAUUAAUGGUAUACUGAUUUUGAUUGUGUUAUUUUAUUAUAGGAUUUCCGGAUUUGAUACAUAAUGGAAAAGAUCGAUAAUACUCCUAUUACAUGAGUACAUUAUUGGGAGAGAAUCUUGAGAUCCUGUUAUAAAGAUGUGGAGGUAAGUUUUCCCUCCAAACCACAUUGUAAUUGGCAAUUCAACUGAUUGAUCGUUUGGAAGGUUGUGUAAAAUUUAAAACUUUAAGUCUUUCAUAGCAUGAAUUUUAUACAUCGAGACAUCAAACCAGAAAAUUUUCUGAUUUCCAAAGAAGACACAUCCUUAGUGUAUCUGAUUGACUUUGGCUUAUCAAAAUAUUAUAGAGUAGCCGAUGGAAAACACAUUGAAUUUUCUCAGAAAACAGGAGUAAUAGGAACUGCUCGUUAUGCCAGCAUUAAUACAUUGCAAUGUAAGAGAUAAUGAUAUAUUCAAGGGAUGGAACAAUCAAGAAGGGAUGAUUUGGAGAGUUUGGGUUAUAUGUUGAUUUAUUUCGUAAAGGGAGAGUUGCCAUGGUCUAAUGUGAAAGCCUUUUGUAAAGAAGACAAGUAUGAUCAAAUACUGUAAGUGAAAAUGGGGAUCCCUCUCAGUUAACUUUGUUUCAAUUUACCUAAAGUAUUCAUUUGAUUGAUAAUUUCCAGUGUUUCAUAAAUUACUUCUAGCAUGUGAAAUCGUUGCUAUUUCAACAAUAGCCAAACUAUUCUCAUUUAAGAAAUCUGUUUGAGAAACAACUCCAGGACUAUGAUCAUCAACUAUAUGAUUGGGAACUUAAGCAAAUGGAAAAGAAUACCCAAGAUGUCCUCAUCGAUCCUGAUACCAUACCCAAUAUUAGAUUAUAAUCUGAAAUUGAUUUAGUUCCUCCCGUUGAUGAAGAAGGAGAAGCAUUUCACUUAAAAUAAGAGAAUUAACACAAUGUUAAGUUCAUGAAAUAAUUACAUGAAAAAUACUUUGAUCAGAAUACCUACAAACAACAGGAUGAAUUCUUUUUGCAAAAACACACCUCCAUAGAACCUAAAAGUUAAGCCACAAGCAAAUAAAAUAAUUAUUAAAUUAGCAAUCACACUCUAAUUCAAGUUGAAUCAUAACCAUACAUUCACAACAAUCCUAUUUAGUUCACCAAAAGAAAGGAUUCGAAAUCUUAUACUUCUUUUAAACAAAGUCAAGAACACAAAGAAAAUAGAAAAUUUCGAUUAUCUAAUGACGAUUACGAUUUGGAUAUGGCUAACGAUGAUGGGCCUAACCUGGACUUAAAGAAUCUCGAAGUCAAUUACUUUUUAAAAUGA